CGCUGUCUCGGGAACCUUCGUAGCCCUCGGUCGGGCGGCGGCGGGGGCGGCAGUAGCGGCGGAGGUGGCUUCAGGCCUCCGGUGCGGCUGCAAUGCUGAGCUCACGGGCCGAGGCGGCGAUGACCGCGGCCGACAGGGCCAUCCAGCGCUUCCUGAGGACCGGGGCGGCCGUCAGAUAUAAAGUCAUGAAGAACUGGGGAGUUAUAGGUGGAAUUGCUGCUGCUCUUGCAGCAGGAAUAUAUGUUAUUUGGGGUCCCAUUACAGAAAGAAAGAAGCGUAGAAAAGGGCUCGUGCCUGGCCUUGUUAAUUUAGGGAACACCUGCUUCAUGAACUCCCUGCUUCAAGGCCUGUCUGCCUGUCCUGCUUUCAUCAGGUGGCUGGAAGAGUUCACCUCCCAGUACACCAGGGAUCAGAAGGAGCCCCCCUCACACCAGUAUUUAUCCUUAACACUGUUGCACCUUCUGAAAGCCUUGUCCUGCCAAGAAGUUACUGAUGAUGAGGUCUUAGAUGCAAGCUGCUUAUUGGAUGUCUUAAGAAUGUACAGAUGGCAGAUCUCAUCAUUUGAAGAACAGGAUGCUCACGAAUUAUUCCAUGUCAUUACCUCGUCAUUGGAAGAUGAGCGAGACCGCCAGCCUCGGGUCACACAUUUGUUUGAUGUGCAUUCCCUGGAGCAGCAGUCAGAAAUAACUCCCAAACAAAUUACCUGCCGCACAAGAGGGUCACCUCACCCCACAUCCAAUCACUGGAAGUCUCAACAUCCUUUUCAUGGAAGACUCACUAGUAAUAUGGUCUGCAAACACUGUGAACACCAGAGUCCUGUUCGAUUUGAUACCUUUGAUAGCCUUUCACUAAGUAUUCCAGCCGCCACAUGGGGUCACCCAUUGACCCUGGACCACUGCCUUCACCACUUCAUCUCAUCAGAAUCAGUGCGGGAUGUUGUGUGUGACAACUGUACAAAGAUUGAAGCCAAGGGAACGUUGAAUGGGGAAAAGGUGGAACAUCAGAGGACCACUUUUGUUAAACAGUUAAAACUAGGGAAGCUCCCUCAGUGUCUGUGCAUCCACCUACAGCGGCUGAGCUGGUCCAGUCACGGCACGCCUCUGAAGCGGCACGAGCACGUGCAGUUCAAUGAGUUCCUGAUGAUGGACAUUUACAAGUACCACCUCCUUGGACAUAAACCUAGUCAACACAACCCUAAACUGAACAAGAACCCAGGGCCUACACUGGAGCUGCAGGAUGGGCCGGGAGCCCCCACGCCAGGUGUGUGCACGAGGAGCCGAUGCAGCAGGAAUUUUCAGCACAGAGAAAAGCAGUUUGGCGUCACCACCUUCUGGGUCCCUUAUGACAUGAGCACAAGUUCUGAAUCAGCCAGGGGCCCCCAAAACACAGAUUUUUAUGAAUGGCGCCUGCUCCCCAUCUUUAUUACCAACACUGUCCGCACCGAUGCCCUUCCCUCUCCCGGUUGUUCCCGACUACAGCUCCUCCACAUACCUCUUCCGGCUGAUGGCAGUUGUCGUCCACCAUGGAGACAUGCACUCUGGACACUUUGUCACUUACCGACGGUCUCCACCUUCGGCCAGGAACCCUCUCUCAACCAGCAACCAGUGGCUGUGGGUCUCCGAUGACACUGUCCGCAAGGCCAGCCUGCAGGAGGUCCUGUCCUCCAGCGCCUACCUGCUGUUCUAUGAGCGCGUCCUUUCCAGGAUGCAACACCAGAGCCAGGAGUACAAGUCUGAAGAAUGACUUCGCCCUCCUGCAAGGCUAGAGCUGAUGGCACUGUCUUCACACUGUCCGGGAAAAAAGUAAAACUGUACUGUUGUGUGUGCAAGCAGCCGCACUGGAGCCUUCCAGCUUUCCGGUGUGUUCUGAGAGCAGGCUCCACCUGGGAGCCAGCCCCAAUUCAUACCAAAUCAGGCUCCCUGAACAGCUCUGUUCAUGUGUGUAGAAGGUACUGUUGUAUUAAGAAAGCAUUCAUGAUGUCUGGAGUGUCUUUUUACUCAUCUGAUACAGGUCAUUAAAAGAAUGCAGAUUCUUGAAGCCACCGUUUUCAUAUUGUAAUGUUAGGUGUUCUCAGAGGGGAAGCACCUUUGUGUAAUCAGCGUUUCCACCCAGAUCUUUUAUUUUUAAUAAGCAGGCCCAUAAAAAUUGUUGACAAGAAUUAAUGAAAUUAUUAAAGGCAACAAUUUAGAAGAAAAAGUGCCUUUCACUUUCGAUUGCUUUUAUAGCACAUCCAUUCUGAAAUAUUCCCUCCAGGCUACUCAAAAGGAUAGCGAGAGAACAGGUGAAAGAUGCCUAAAGAACACUUUCCUUUUUCUAUGCCUUUUCUAAUCUUCCAGUUCUUUCUAUGGAGUAAAGGAUUAUCUGCCAAAUCUGCCCCCCUGGGGAAACUCUUUCACUACUUUGUCGGUUAUAAGUGAAAAGCUUACUUGUUGCUUUUAUCUUUUGUAUAUUGGACUGAGAUGUAAUUACACUGUAUUAUAAAACUCUGUGAAUAGCCAGACCUAAGCUAUAUCUUUGCAACACCUGAUUCCUCUGCUCUGUGGAAAACUCUUUCUUACACAAGGAUCCACUGUAAAUGGUUACUUUCGUCUGCUUAUUUAUUGCCCAUACAGAGCUCUUAAGGUUUACAGGUAGGAACUUGGGGCUGUAUAAAAAGACAAUCCCUGCCCUGAGUUGACAGCGGGCUUAGGAAGGAAGGGCUGACCUUGGGGCUGCAGUCUCUCUGAACCUCAGUUUCCUCAUUUGUGAAGGGUUAGAUUUGAUGACACCAAAGUUCAGCCCUUUUCACGAAAAGAAGAAAGCAGCUUUUGACUUUUUAAAAACAUGUAACUACAGGUGGCAUCUAGUAUUGUAUGUUGCUCUAGGUUCAUAUUCUGAAUUUAUUCAUUUCCAGUAGCCUAAUACAAAAAGUAUAUAUUGAGCACUUUCUUCCCUUUUUGGAUAAGUCUCUGAAUGCAGCCCAGGGCCACAGGAAUUUUGAUGACACAGUAGUACCUGUUUUAAGCUAGAUUUUUAAUUUAAAAAAAUAGAUCCAAAUUCAAACCGACUCAUCAGAGGUAAGACUGGAAUCAGACCUAUCCAAAAGGUCAUCUGAGGUUAGGCUAAGACCUAUGCUUCCUCUGCUGGGGGCGAGCUGGAGGACACACCAAACGGUGCCUUGGCAGCAGCUCACCGUGCAGGAAGCCCAGAUGGUCACUCUUCUACUGGCCCCAGGCUGCACCCUGAGGACUCAGUAACUCUCGCUGAAUAUACUGUCCACAGAAUAUACUGUACAGGCUCUCCAGGCUCUGGGCGUUGGGGUGCAAGGGGCAGCUUGAACUGUACGGUCCGUCCUGCACUCACCCGAUGCAGACCUUGGCUUUGAUGUUGAAAUGAACACACUUGUUUUACCCAAGUCUGGUGGAACAAAUGCCCAAAUCAUGUGACCUUAAAGUGUACUGCAAAGCUGUAGCUUUAAGUAAUUGCUGUUCUGCCACUGCUUUUUGAAAUCUACCAUUAAAGAAAGAUGGAGAAAAGCGGCUGAGCCUUGGAACGUACGGCUAUAAGCAGAUCUCUCUUUGGUGAGAGGCCAGGGUUUGAGCCAAGGCUAUAAAUGUGAACAAUACCUGUGCAAAGCCUUUUAACCUGACUUCAUUUUGUAAAUUAUUAUGCAUUAAGCAGCAGCCCCAUAAUCUGAUUUCUAGUUUUAAGUUAUUUUCAAAGUAAGUAGCUUCUCUUGGGGAAGAUCUAAGUUAAACUAGUGGUUUUGCCAUAAUAACUGCUGACUUAUGUAUUUGCUAAAGGUACUUUUGUAUCUGCUGUGUAUUAUAGCAAUAAAAUCAUCAUUUUGUUAGGAAAACAGU